GGCAAUGAAGCAACUGUACGGGAGAACACGAUAUCGUGCCCUCACUAAAUCAUCCUGCAAUACGAAGAGAAAGCCAGCACAGAUUCUCCUUUUGAACACUAGAGAAGAGGAGACUCUCUUAAGCCCCGGAAGUUGCAUAAGCGUACUCUCUCUGUCGCUCUCUUUCUUUUAAGCUUAAUCACUCGAUUAUCUCUCUCAUCAGCUUCUAUUUGCAGGAAAUGAAAAAGGGAUUGCAUCCUCAGAUGCAGUGGAUAUCGUAUGUAACUCAAAGUGGCAGAUUGAUGAACGUUAUGAUGACAAAAAUACACCAUGCUGGUAAAGUUUAUCACUUUAGAGCAAAACGUCAAAUGGCUGAAAGUAUAGGGCAGAUUGCUAAAUUUAAGCGUCGGUAUGAGCAGCAACAGCCUGAGGAAAACAAUGAAAAAUGACCUGUCUAAAACUAAAAAAGAGCAGGUAUAUCCAAUUAGGUUUAAAUAUCUAUGUUUUGGGAGGAGGAAAGAAGAAGAAAGAAGCUUGAAGCUUGUGAAUGCUCUGAACAAUGUGUUUUUUUUCUGCUCUGUUAUUAUGCUUGCAUCUGGAUCUGAUCAUACUGCUGUCACUUCACACAGAUUUAUCAUGUUAUUUGGUGUUCCAAGUUUUUGUGGUUCCCCAUUAAA